CCAGCUUGAAGACAAACGCUCCGGUCCUCCUCCCCUCAGCUCCUGAGUGCAGCUCAAACAACGGGAACUAUUUUCCUCUGAUAAACCUCAUGAAUGGGACUUUUCCCUGCGCUGGAUCCCGAGCCCGUGAGCGUCAACGUGGACGUGGACAGACAGCGAAGGACAGUCUUCUUUCCAAUCCGAGGAGGAAAAAGACGCAGCAAUGACAGAGCAGCAGUCGUGCGCAGCGGCAAAAUAGAGCAACUAUUGUAGGGACUGGAGAUUGAUAACACAACUGGGGCGAGCAACGAGGGGCGGCAGAUGCAAUUUCCAGCCGUUGCAGCUGGUUUUAAGCGCUGGAUGGGCUGUUACUGCGUUUUCUUUUUCAUCACUGACUCCUUUAACAUUACUUGGACGGCUGUCUGUGCGGGAGGACCGCUGCUGCUGCAGAGACUAACGGGGUAUGCCAUGUGUCGUUGCGCGACAUAGAAGCUCUUUGUGGGCUGUUUUGCACCGGGGACAGGUGGUGCUCUAUGUGUGUGUGUCUGUGUUGAAACUAGCAGGGGGCCACGGACACACAACCCCCUGAGACAGUUGUCUUGGGGAUGUCAGGCCGGCGUACGGGAUCAGUUUUUGCCAGAGACAGGUGCGACAGGGAGGAGUAGUUUACAAAGCCCCGCGCAGGAUCUGGUAACGCACUAACGAGCUCUUCCACUCGGAUCAAACUCGGAUUUUUUUUUCUAAUCAGCGGGACACACAAUCGACUCAAACUGCACCUUUUCACAAGAUAAUCAAAGACUGUGCCAUUCUGUUGCUAUGGCAACCACGGCCCCUCCCUCCUUCUUCCUGCUGUGUUGGCUGCUCCAGACGACCAGCUCGGCUUUUCCAGAGGAGCCCGGACCCCUCAACUUCAUCCCCACUGAAGUGGUGAGAAGACAUCCAGUGUUUCUGGGCCGACCUCAUCGAACAUGGCUGAGACAGGAGCCUCUGCACAUCCAGAGGGUCCUCCAAGUCAACCGGACACUCUACAUCGGAGCGAGGGAUGACCUUUACCGUGUGGAGCUGGACAUCGUAGCAGGAGAUGAGAUGUUCUACAGCAAGAAAAGAACGUGGGAGUCAAACAAGAAUGACAUCAGGAUCUGCAGGAUGAAGGGCAAGCAUGAGGAUGAGUGCCGUAAUUUCAUGAAGGUGCUGCUCAGCAGACAAGGCGGCCUGUUUGUGUGCGGGACGAAUGCCUUUAACCCGUUAUGUGCCAACUAUACUGGAGACACUCUUGAGAUGAUAGCAGACCCUGUCAGUGGGAUGGCCAGAUGUCCAUAUGAUCCUAAACACGCCAACGUAGCUCUGUUUGCAGAGGGGAAUCUGUUUACUGCCACAGUGACAGACUUCCUGGCCAUUGAUGCAGUGAUCUACCGGAGCCUUGGGGACAGUCCCGCUCUGCGCACCGUCAAGCACGACUCCAAGUGGUUCAGAGAGCCCUAUUUUGUCAGUGCUGUGGAGUGGGGACCUCAUAUCUACUUCUUCUUCAGAGAAAUAGCCAUGGAGUUCAAUUACCUGGAGAAGGUUGUGGUUUCCCGUGUGGCAAGGGUGUGUAAACGUGAUCAGGGUGGCUCUCAGCGCGUCCUGGAGAAGCAGUGGACGUCGUUCCUGAAGGCUCGUCUGAACUGCUCCGUCCCGGGUGAUUCUCACUUCUACUUUAACCUGCUACACUCCACCAGCCCAAUCAUCAGGAUGCACGGCAGGGACAUCAUCCUGGGGGUGUUUUCCACGCCAGCUAACAGUAUCCCAGGAUCGGCUGUGUGUGCCUUCGACAUGGAGCAGCUGGCUGCUGUGUUUGAUGGGAGGUUUAAGGAGCAGAAAUCCCCAGAGUCUAUUUGGACGCCUGUUCCUGAUGAAGUCAUCCCAAAGCCAAGGCCUGGUGGCUGUGCUGUUCAGGGGUCCAAGUUUAAUUCCUCAAACUCCUUUCCUGAUGAGAUGCUCAACUUUGUGAAGACCCAUCCUCUGAUGGAUGAAGCCAUCCCAUCACUUGGACAGAGACCAUGGAUAGUCAGAACUAUGGUCAGGUAUCAGCUGAACAAGAUUGUGGUGGAUACAGAAGCCGGGCCUCACAGAAACCGCACUGUCCUGUUCCUUGGGUCGAGUAGAGGCACCAUCCUCAAGUUCCUCAUCAUGCCCAAUCAGGACAACACCGUCACCAACAGCAACAUCUUCCUGGAGGAGCUGGAGGGCUACAACCCUGACAAGUGUGCUGAAGACUCUCCACAAGCCAGGCAGCUGUUGUCUCUGACUCUAGACCGGGUGAGCCACACUUUGCUCCUCGCCUUCCCAUCCUGUGUGGUCAGAGUACCGGUGGCACGAUGCCAGCUCUACUCCAGAUGCAUGAAGAACUGUAUAGCCUCCAGAGAUCCUUACUGCGGCUGGACAAGAGGAAGCACCUGCUCUUUCCUCAGACCGGGAACAAGACUGCCGUUCGAGCAAGAUGUUGAACAGGGAAACGUGGCCCACUUGGGUGACUGUGACGGGAUCCUGCUGCAGGAGAGUUUCAUGGAGGAGCCUGACGGCCUGGUGUCUGUAAACCUGCUGGUGGUGUCUGCGGUUUCAGCCUUCGCCACAGGAGCUAUCCUCUCCGGCCUGACUGUCUGCUGGAUUAUGAGUCACCGCCACCGCCACUCACGAGGCUCAGGAGCCAAUGGGGCUCGCCGCAAGAAUGACAAAGAACAGAGCAUGCUGGGCCAGGGUCGAAGCGGUUCAGUGAUGAGCGUUACAAGAACCAGCGGGGGUGAAAGGCGACGAUCCCAGGCAGACAACCCCUUCGUCACACCGAACGGCUGGCCUAAAGGAGAGAUGGACCCAGGUUUGCUGCCCACGCCAGAGCAGACGCCACUUCAGCAGAAACGAGCCAUGCGCCUCCCAGACACCGACUGGGACCAGAGCCAAACUUUCCUCACUGCUGUGGGGACUCCAUGUCCCAACAACUCGGUCAUCUACCUGAGCUCGAAGUUCCUGCACGGAGGAGGAGGGGGAGGCAUGGUGCGGAUAGAGGACCCGGGGGAGGUCAUGCUGCCCCCGCACACAGAGCGCCAGCGGUACCUGAUCCUCGCCACGCAGAGAGGGGAGCACGGCGGCAGUCGUCCUAGCGGCAGCCUGAGGAACUCAGCGGGGGAAUACAUCUACCCCGCUACACCACAGGACUCCCCUGACCGACGGAGGGUGGUGUCCGCUCCCACCCCCCACAUGGACUAUGGGGAGCCUCGCUGGAGUCAUGAGGCGCUCAACUACAACAGCAACAACGGAGUGCCAUAUCACCCCCAACGCCAGGGCCUCAUCAGGCCCGACAUGCACGGGUCUCGAGGGCUGGGAGAGUUGGCAGACUUCGGCCACCUCAUGGGGAAGAAUAUGGGAGAGCGCACCCCUAGUGGCCAGUGAGGGGAAGUAGAUGAGCUCUCUCUGAACGCCCAUUCCCUCCAACAGCAGACUGGAAUAAAUCCACCCCUCAGACUCAGUGUCCCAGUCCAACCUUACCCUGUCUGUCCUCUCUCACUGUCAUUCAAUGUCCUGACGUCAUUCAGCCGACUGAAGAGAGGGACAGAGAGAAAAGAAACAGAGAGAGAGUCAAAAAAAGAGGAGAAACCUCCUCUCAUGUCUCCGUUGCUCUUAAUCUGGGCUGCACCCCUCUGCUCUGUGAGUGGAACUCCCCACAGAGCCCGACUUUGACUCAGUGAGGUAGAGAAAGGGGGGGCAAAGGAGCAUGAAUCUCAUAGGUACAUUUGAGGGUAAAAAAAGAGACAAUAUCGCUCGCAGCGCCAAAUGUGAAAGGUUUCCCUCUGCCAUUUUGUUUUUGACACCAUGGAUCUUUAUCGAGUGUGAAGUUUUGUUUCUGCUUUUGUUUUUCGUGCCGGUGGCAUCCAGCAGACAACAAUGUGCUUUACUAUGGAUUUCAGAUGAGACUAAAACUGUUGUAGCCGUGCCAGAGGGCAGUGACUCUCAAUGAAUCAUGCAGUGUGUGAAUGAGAUCGUGUGAAUGUGUGUGGCCACAGCAACCCCAACCAGUGUCCCGUCUUAACUGUGAAGAAUUACUAUAUAAUGAAGUUUCUGUGAGAAAAAGGGCCAUGAUGACAUAAUUUUACCUUUUAUAAAAAAUACAGAGACAGAUUUUAUUUUGUGUCUAUUUGAAACUGUGUGAAGCAAUCAGAGGUUCAGAGGUUGACCUGUGGCUAGUGAAGACUCCCAUUGUGGUUUUACGUGAUCCCUGGUACCUCAGAAGCAGCUCCGGAGAGCCAUCAUGAAGUUAAAGAAAGCAAUAAUAAGUAAAGAACAUCUAAGGGAUGAAAAUAAAUCUGAUAUUUUCUAGUUUAAAUGUUUUCUCAGCAGAUGCAAACUGGAGCAUAGAGGUGCGUGAGAGAGCUGGAUCAAUAUCUCCCCUCCAUUAUUCCCUCUCUCAGUAUGCCUGGCUCUCUCUGACCUGACCUGAGCCCCCUCCUCCUCCUCCUCCUCCCCUCAGGCUCCGCAGUCCAUUUGAAGGAGGGAAUGUGAGCUCUGACUGUCUGCCCAUCUGACUGGGGCUGUGAGCUGUGAGGCCCGGCCGCUUGGGAGCUCCAUUCAGCCUCUUCUUCUGCCCGACACUGAGCCUCUUUGUGCCCCUUCGAAGCAGGAGGAGACUGCGGCAACAAAUAGCUGUUAAGAGUCAGGGACCUACCCCGGCACCACAGCUAAGCAGAAUAUCAAUGAGGAGGACAGCAGAUCCAUCCGUCAUGUGAGAUGUACCAACCAGGAUGGGGCAUCUCAUACGCAUUGCCCACUCUUUUUGAAAGGGAGGAGCUAAGGGGCGUGGCUAGGCUAACCGUCAUAACACUCAUCCUUUGUGGGUUUAUCUCUUUCAAUGUGUGUCCCAACAGAAGUGAGCUCAAGAAAACAGAUGUCCAUGGGUAUACUUUGGGUGUGGAGUUACUCUUUCACUCCAUUAUCUGAUCUGUUUUGUCUGUUCUUAUCCGUUCUCGAUUCAAAUGUAGAUCCAGAGAUAGCUUUUUCUCUCUCGUCUGGGUCAUGCUGUGGAGGUGUUUUUUUGUGUAUGUCACUCAGUCUGCUUGUGUGCGUGACUCUCUUCUGGUCCAUGUCUAUGAAUGUGUAACUCAUAUAAAACGCAAAACAACAAAAACAGCUUUGAUCCAUUUUAAUCCACCUGUCUUCUGUUAUUUUUGUCUCUAUGGAGACGUUGAUGUUGUUCAUCAGCCCUUUGCCUCACGUUCACAAAUCUGUGCUAACAGUGUCAAAGCCCUGCGUGGGAGUCGUGUAUGCUAUAUAUUACUUUUAGCUCAUUAUUGUGUACACAAAGGCCAGCAGAUACACUGGAGGAGGUUGUUUGUGCUUGCUUUUAAGGGAACUGGGUCAGAUUGUAGAUGCACAGAGAAAAAACAAGAACAUGUCACAUUAUAUCAAUAAAGAGGCUCCAGGGACCUAUUUGAAACAAAUAAAGACAUUUGAUCUAAUAGCCUGAGACUGCAACAAUGUAUUCACAAUAAACCAAGUCAUUUUUCCAUUUAUGUUUGAAAUAUGUUGUUUAUAGUGUCAAUGAGUUGAUUGGUUUUUGGCAACAAAAAAAUGUUCUAGCUGGUGGAGUAUUUAGUAGCUAGCAUAUAGAUUUUUGACUUUUUUACUCAAAACACAUUAAACACCAAGUGUUGUUGGAAAGUGAAGUCAGUACUGAAGUGUAGAAAACUGCAACUCCUUGAAUGUCCACUAGAGGCUUAUUCCAAAAGCCAACAAAUCCCCGCUUACACCCAUAAUAAGAUACACAACUCACAGCAGAAAUAAACAUGUCUACAGCCUGGCUCCUAAAAUGGUUUAGUCUCCAAACAUAUAUCCUUACUAGUGAAUUUUCUUUUUAAUCCACUCAUUCAUUUUGAUUAAGGCCAGUUUUGUUUAUUUGAUCUGUCACUAAGCCCCGCCUCCUUAGCUCACUCAGACAACCAAUCAGCCUGCUGUCUAAAUUAUCAUUAAUGGUUUUCACUUGGGUUAGCUUUACUUACUAGCUUUCACUGUAGUUAACAGUGAAGUUGGCCUUCCAUUAGCAGCUGUCUGCUAACUUAUGUUAACAUUAUGUAGCAAAGUUUGCAAUAAGGGGAUGUUAUAAAGCAGUGGUUCUCAACCUUUUUGAGUCGCGACCCCCAAUUUAAGAUGCACUGGUGUCCGUGACCCCCCCAACGCCCCCACCCUCCUUCCAAUCACGUGCCCCAACACCCCCCUCCCCCCCAAAAAUCCCGAUGUGAAUGGAUAAAGCGCUGUCUGCGGUGCUGAAAGAAAAAACGGUGCAGGUAUACUGUAAAACCAAAUGAAAAAUUUACUUUUUCUUAUUCUACUCCCAGCAGCUUUGCCUCUGAGGAUGAGCUUCUGCUCAAGAUAUUGAGGGAUAUUUCUGUGUAUGAUGAAUAACGUACAAAAAAUCUCAUCAGAUACUUGUUUUUCAUGACAUUUAUAUUUUUCCAAAAUGAUUUGGCGACCCCCAGAAAUCAUCUCGCGACCCCCUUUGGGGUCGGGACCCCAAGGUUGAGAAAGACUGUUAUAAAGGAUGGUUCUGACAUAAUGUAUGGUAUUAUUUUCUUGAAGCAAACUUUGCUAACACUAUGUUGCCUUAUCUUGAUCAAAUGUAGAGAUCUUCACUGAUCUUUACUUUGAGCAGCUCAAUCCAAACCAGACACAUAGUGUCUCAAAUUGCAUACCUCUGUUAGCAUACUGUAUUACAGUACACUAAAAUGCAGUACAGAGCACUUGUUCUCAGAAAGUUAGUAUAAUCCCAAAUUGCACACUGCUACUUUGCACUAAGAGAAAUUCACAACUGUUUUUAUUUCUUCUACUUCUUCUAUCAGCAGAUGCCAAAUAGCCAAUAAUAAUAGAAAUUUGACAGCUAUUUUCACUUACUAUUGAUUUCAUAUAACUUGUAUUUUAUGUUAACAUUAUUCGUUUCAAUAAAACAGAAUUAUUUUGCCUUAAAGGGCUUUUCCUUGAUUGAAAUGUGCCACCAUUGCUAACACCCUGUUGGCCAGCUAGCGAAUACUAAAGUUAGCUAGUGCAUUAGCAUGCUAGCAGUACAACAGCUGCUAAGUCAUGAAUAUUGUGUUCAUUUAGGGUGGGAAAUGUCCAUCUUCCACACUUAAUUCUCUGCUGUUUUGUGUGUGCUAGUAGUAUAACGCAUUUGCACACUUGUGCACUCAAAAUGUUAUUUUAUUUAGCACAGAAGUAUGCAAUUGGGACACGCUGUUUGCUGUUUUCAUUACAUUUAUUCAUUCAUUCAGCCAGCCUCAACAUCACCUCUUUAGUUGCCUCUCAGUUAGUUGGAGUUAGCAGUUACAAUUAGCCACCAACAUCAUUGUGCUGGAUGAUGCUUUUUCAGACACAAACGGGUGAAACCACAGAGACUACAUGCAUGUUUGUGUGCAGUCUAGCUGGAAGGAGGGUGAAUAGUAGACCUCUGUUCUUUAUUAAUUAAAUAAAAAACAGGAUUAAAAUUUUAGAACCACUUCCACCACCUACAGAUGGAUAUGCCACUCUCUACUCACACAUUCAAAGCUCGUGAGAGGACUUUUGUGUUAGUGUAGAUACUGGCAAUCCUGUGCACAGACCCUCUUAUCUCUUUCCUGAUUUUGUUCUGUACAUGUUUAAUAAGUGUUCUUUGACCCAAAAAAAUCCUGGUUUCUUUUAAAAUCAAAUCUUGCUUUGUUCUGAAUCACAUUAUCUGCCACCUGCCCCCAGCUUCUUAGGCAUUAAAAUAACUGUAAAGAAACAAACAAUUUAGUCACUUAUAGUUGCAUUUGCUUUUAUAGGUCAUAAAUAGCUAUAUAUAUUAAUUUCAGCCUAUUUCACAACCAGCUGAAAACUCCUCACAGGAGAUUUAAUUAACUGUGUUGAUGUUAUGUUUACACGUGUUUCUGCUUCCCCUAGUGGCCACAAAACCAAUAAAUGAAGAUAUAAUGUAAAUAAAAAACCUAAAUUUGAGUAUUUUUUGAAGUGUUUUUAGAACACUACUGUUUUUCUUUACCUUCCUUUAAGAGCUAUAGACUCUUUUUUCAUUUAAUGGAAAAGUAAAAAAAAAAAAUCUGGAUGCUGUCACCUAAGACUUUAAUUUUAAAGAAACGGAUUAUGUCAAAUGUAGAAUAGUUUGAAACCCGGACCAGUCUGUUUACCUUCACCAUACGACUGUUUUUGACACUCAGUGUUACAAAAACAUCUCAGUAGGUACUCAAACAUUCCCGCAGCUCAAUCCCCUGCAAUAAAAAAUCUCCACAGGCAGAGCUGAAGGUACUGGAGGUACUGCAGGAGACGAGCCAGUGAAAGAGAUUUAUGAAAGCAAGGACAGAGGGGGAGGUCAUGCAGGCGAACAUGAUGUUACUGCAUUACAGCCUUGCCACAUUAGUACAGUGUAUUCUUUACACACUCCACCCUGAAACAGGUCAUUAGCAUUGAGGAAACGGAGCUCUCCACCAUCCUUGUCUCUCCAUCUCCAUCUCUGCUGUGGCCUGCGUGUCUGUGUUUCUCUAUGUGUGUAUGAAUGAGGCCUCUCUUGUCUAGGCCGGCCUGCCCAGCCACCCGUGGCCUCGCUCUGCAUCUCCUCCGGUGUUUCACUAAACAUGCUUGAUUAGGCAAAGUACAUUCCCGGCCCCUCUAAUGGCCUGAUGAGCCCUUGAGAAGAUUACAACAGACACAUCAGCCCCUGAGAGGGAGGUACACAUUUAACCAACUCUUUACCCCUCUACACACUUCCAUGCAUGCACACAAAUACUGUCAGAGCCUUGAACCAAAUUCAGGAUGCAAUCGCAUUAAGAUCAGAAAUAGAAUCAGCGGAGGUUGUCCUGUUCUAGGAAAGGUACUGUACAUGACGUUGACUCACUGACAGCAGUUUGAUAGAUCAACAUUGCAGAACAGCUAAAGAAUUAGAUGUCUGUUUAUUAAAAUGGACACUUUGUCUCCUUCUGUUGUACAAAAGUGAAGCCAAAAUAACCCAGCAACAGGUGCUUGUAUAUUGUCCUGCUCAUACCUGUAACUGACUGAUAACCCGUGAAAAACCCCACAGAUUGGUGAAUCUACAGCAGAACAUAUUCUUGUAUGUUUUCACAGUUGUUGAAAGUUUUAUGACUGUUUUCUUAGUUUUUAUCAUGUUUUUUUCACCUUUCUGCCACUUGAGAUUGCAGAAAGGAGGAGCAUUCAGCAACAGAGCUGUCAGUCAGGACAUUCCAUGUGCUCUUUUAUGCAUCAAAUAGUUAACUAAAACUUCCCAGGAGAAUUUGUAAUUUAUCAACAUAAACCAGCAUGAUCAUAUCCAUCACAACACAAUCAGUGUUUGACCAGAAUGUUUUUAACACAGUGUGACUCAUGUCCUCUCUGUUGCCAUGCAGGAGGAAGGGCUAAUGACCCACACGGAGCCUGUCAGCUGGAGGACCGCUAAAAAUGUUGUCUUCAUUCCAAGCAGCUGUUACUUUUUGCAUCUUAAUAUAUUGUCUUUGGACGUCUUUAAGCACGAUUUUAGGCCAGAUUUGUCCCCACAACCAUCAGUUGGAUCAGUCUGAGGCUGGUCACACUCACUUAUUCCUUCAAAUAAUCCUCAAAUGUGUCCAUUUUAUUACUCUUCUGCUUCCAAACUUGAAUUAUAAAUAUUAAACAUGUUUGAUUUUUAUAAAACCAGGUCAGCCGGCAUCCAGCAGAAUACCAACAAACCAAUGAGAGCGAGCAGAUCAGGAAGCGUCUCAACCCAGAUGUUAGGAAUUUUCACAACUCACUUACCACUGCCGAUGGGCAAAACCUCGUAUCUCCAAAAUCAAUGCUCAUCAGGAAAUUUAAGAAACACUGUAUUUUUUUAUCAAUUUAUCACUGAAUGGUCAUAGUCAGUGCCUUUUUUAAGCUGCUUAUCUUAAUUUGAUAAGAUCCAUUGCAUCCAUUGGGCUACUGUUGCUGGUUUUGUUUCUGAUAGAAGAAGAAGAGUAUGAAAAGUUGUACCUGUGAUCUGUUUUGUAAAUCCCAUCAGGAACAACUCUUCACAGCCAAGAGUCUAAAGGGACAGGCACACCUAAAAUAUUUUCAAUUUCUUUUAUCACAAAUUUCCAAAACUCUUUAAUUCUUAGGCAGUCCCAAAAGAUAUGCGUGUAUUCCUUCAUUUUUCUACAAUAUUUUCAAGCAGAAUGCAAUUGUAGGUUUUUAGUCAGCAUAUUUUUGACACCUCUUUUGCUUUAAAUUGGUUGAAAUUCACUGACAAAUUUAAAGGGUGACGAAGAGCACUGAUUUAUGUUUGAAAAUAAAAGUAAUUGUGAUAAAUGGAGAUAUGAGGUUUUGGGUUGACACCAGUGAAAUAUAAACAGAGCUGUUCCUCCAUCUCAGCUAGGAUUCCACUCAUUCUUUCCCUCAUUUUUUAUCAGGGCAACUAUAACACAUACCAGGAGAGUCCGCUGAAGAUAUUGAUAGCCUGUUUUUCUUCAGAAUCAUGUUUGAUCACAUGAGUUUGUGUGAGAUCUCAAGUGUGGGGAAUUUCCACUGUGAAACUGGAACUGUAUACACCAAGAGUGAUGUGUCACUCCUUGGCCACACUCACUUGUGGUGUGAUGGUUCUCAACUAUCCUCAGGAGCCACCAACUCCCCCCUCAUGACAAAUCGUGACCCUAAAUUGGUAGAAUUUUUCAAACAAAUCAAAUUUAUUUGCUUUGAAAUAUAUUUCAGUUUGGACCUAAACAACAAAACAUGAAGGAAUAAAGGCAUAGAAUGAACAAAUGUCUUGCAAAGGCCAAACAUUAAUGUUAUACUCUUUUUUUACAUCAUUUAUCUUCCCAGACCCAUCAGAGAACUACUGGUCUAGUGUGUGGGUUCAGAGGAUCAUAAUGUAAAAAAUUAACAUUAAAAUUUCAUCCAGGAACACUCCCAUCACAUUUUGAACCAUUUUAUUGGUAAACAUAUACAGUUUUACUUGGCAGAGAAGGCUGGACUCAAAACACCGUCCCUGGACUAGUCAAGCAGCAUGCUUUGACUUGCUGGGAAGCACAUAGCUAGAAACCCCAUAUACAUAGAAACAUUUAUGAUAAUGCAAUAAAAUAAGUGCAGAAGCAAUUAAUUAAUAGCAGCAAAAAUCUGAAUAUGGAGGUGCAACAAGUUUUAUGCUAUAAAGUAGGAGGCUGGGGUGGAGGAGGUUAAGCUUUGAUGGCAGCAGCGUGGUAAAUCAGUAUUAAUGCAAAAAGGAAGUACGUGAUAUUUAAAUACACAGCUGUGUUGAGAGAAAUGGCUGUGACUGUGGAAGCAGGGAUUGGGAACAGCUGGCCGUAAGCUGAUCACGGCUGGGCAUAGGACUACAGUGUCCUGCAUGAAGUAACGCUAAGCUUCAAUUAUGUGAUCUCCCUUAUUUUUAAAAUCAAAUAAAAUUUGAACAUUUUUACUGUGUGCAGUCAGCCUUAAUUAAAUUCAGACCUUUCACCUCUUUGCAUUCUCUUUGGUGCCUCUUAUUUUUAAACAACUGCAAUUUGUCUUGUCUUUUUAUUGUUCCUAGACUUAAAAACCCCUACACACAAUCCAAGAAAAAACAUCUAAAAUCUCUUUAAUUUAAGCUUGAAUUUUGCUUUUGCUCUGUUUGUAGCCAUUUAAGUAAUGCCAGUUAAUUUAAUGAGUCAGUGGCUAAAACAGAAAUAAGAGUAAAUUUGUGAACACCAGCUUUAUUUCACAUCAAAUCUUUAAUGUUUUACAGUUUUUUUUUUAUGACAUUUUCAAAGCCUUUCAUGCAGGAAAUUGCUUUUCUUUUUCUUAGGAGCAAUUUUUGUUUGGAGUUGUUAAAUGUAGCACACACUGCCUCCAGUCCUGCUCGCACAUUGUUUUUAUCUCUGCCCCACACAUAUCAACACACACAAAUGUAUUCUCAUCCUGCCCUCAUGACCCAGUCUGUCUGCGUCUUUGUCAUCUUUAUCAGGGUGUAUGUGCGUGCUUGUUAAAGACACCAUGCCUUUGUGUUUGUUGGGGUUGUUUGUGCCGUGUGGCCCAAAGUGAUGCAAUGCCCCCCAGCCAAUAACUGCCAUCUCUACCCCACAGUGCUCUGCUGUACUGCGUGUGCCCCACAAAGAAACCCCUGUCAUCGAACUCAGUCAACAUUUGAGAGGAAAAAAAGCACAAAAACAAAGCGAAACAAAGUCAACCGUUGCAUUUUUGUAAAGCUGUAGAUGUAUUUAGUCAGCACUGAUCAUUUUUGUCAUGUUUGUUUUUUCUAUUGUUUGUUUUUGUGGUUUGAAACUAUAUGAAAUAUUAUUGUAUAUGAUUUCACUUCAAUUCUCUGCUGUGCCAGAUUUGGUGAAGACAAUGAACCUGAUGACUAUCAUAAAAACUAUACAGACAGUGACAAUGAAGCUGUGAGCAGCACUGUGGUGUUGAGUCCGUACUGGAUGCUGAAUUUAAAGAAAAUAGAAGAAGAAGAGUGAAUGGACUCAAACAGAGGUUUCUCCUGCAGAGUGGAGUCUCCAACUACUGUGGAGGACCCUACCGUCCCCACCAGAGGCCCCGCCCCUCCCUGGAUCUCGGGGGCAGGCACAUCAGAUGACGUGACACAUGUUCCUGCUACGUGUACAUAACCCCGAUGCUUACAUGUAAUUAAAGUGCAGUAGCUGCAUGACGGCACAGCCUCUGUGUGUGUACAGAAGUAGCGAUGUGUGAAUUUGUACAGUACAUGCAAGUGUGUGUGUGCUUGUGUCCACCAACAAAUCAGUCUGUCAUCACACACACAAAAAAGCAACACAUGCAUGCACCCUCGACAGCUGCACAGCACACACUCUGCUCACGCCAAACACACACACACACUCAGCAGUUGUUCAUCAUCUCCACAUUGUCCUGAGCUCUGCCUGUCACUCCGCAUGGAGUCUUUGCUCUGUGUCAACUUUCUUAUUCUAAUAAACCACUCAG